AUGAGGGUCCCAAGCGUGGCUCUGUGGCUCUUCCUGGCUCUGCGUACCGCACUCAGUGGGAUGGAAGUGCGAUGGUGUACCACCUCAGAUCUGGAGCAGCAGAAAUGCAGUGACAUGAGCAAGGCCUUCCAGGAAGCAGGCAUCCAGCCCUCCCUCCUCUGCAUCCAGGGCACUUCGGCUGACCACUGCGUCCAGCUCAUCAUAGCACAGGAGGCUGAUGCUAUCACGCUGGAUGGAGGAGCCAUCUAUGAGGCAGGGAAGGAGCAUGGCCUGAAGCCUGUGGUGGGCGAAGUGUAUGAUCAAGAGGUUGGCACCUCCUAUUACGCUGUGGCUGUGGUCAAGAGGAGCUCCAACGUGACCAUCAACACGCUGAAAGGAGUGAAGUCCUGCCAUACGGGCAUCAACCGGACAGUGGGCUGGAAUGUGCCCGUGGGCUACCUGGUGGAGAGCGGCCACCUCUCGGUGAUGGGCUGCGAUGUGCUCAAAGCCGUCAGUGACUAUUUUGGGGGCAGCUGUGUCCCCGGGGCAGGAGAGACCAGUUACUCAGAGUCCCUCUGCCGCCUCUGCCGGGGCGACACCUCUGGGGAGGGGGUGUGUGACAAGAGCCCCCUGGAGAGAUACUACGAUUACAGCGGGGCCUUCCGGUGUCUGGCAGAAGGGGCAGGGGAUGUGGCCUUUGUGAAGCACAGCACGGUGCUGGAGAACACGGAUGGGAAAACCCUGCCCUCCUGGGGCCAGGUGUUGAGGUCACAGGACUUCGAGCUGCUGUGCCGGGAUGGCAGCCGGGCCGACGUCACUGGGUGGAGGCAAUGCCACCUCGCCCGGGUGCCUGCUCAUGCUGUGGUGGUCCGGGCUGACAUGGAUGGGGGCCUCAUUUUCCGGCUGCUCAAUGAAGGUCAGCUGCUGUUCAGCCAUGAGGGUAGCAGCUUCCAGAUGUUCAGCUCUGAGGCCUAUGGCCAGAAGAACCUGCUGUUCAAAGACUCUACCUUGGAGCUUGUGCCCAUCGCCACACAGACCUACGAGGCAUGGCUGGGCCCAGAGUACCUGCAUGCCAUGAAGGGUCUGUUCUGUGACCCCAGCCGGCUGCCCCCCUACCUGCACUGGUGUGUGCUGUCCACUCCUGAGAUCCAGAAGUGUGGAGACAUGGCUGUGGCCUUUAGCCGGCAGAGGCUCAAGCCAGAGAUCCAGUGUGUGUCAGCUGAGUCCCCCCAGCACUGCAUGGAGCAGAUCCAGGCUGGGCAUAUCGACGCUGUGACCCUAGAUGGUGAGAACAUUUACACGGCAGGGAAGAUGUAUGGCCUGGUUCCAGCAGCCGGGGAGCGCUACACCUCAGAGGACAGGAGCAACUCCUACUUCGUGGUGGCUGUGGUGAAGCGGGACAGCGCCUACGCCUUCACCAUGGAUGAGCUGCGCGGCAAGCGCUCCUGCCACUCGGGCUUCGGCAGCCCUGCGGGCUGGGACAUCCCCGUAGGUGCCCUCAUCCAGAGGGGCUUCAUCCGGCCCAAGGACUGUGACGUCCUCACAGCGGUGAGCCAGUUCUUCAACGCCAGCUGCGUGCCCGUGAACAACCCCAAGAACUACCCGGCCUCGCUGUGCGCACUGUGCGUGGGGGACGAGCAGGGACGCAACAAGUGCGUGGGCAACAGCCAGGAGAGGUACUACGGCUACAGCGGCGCCUUCAGGUGCCUGGUGGAGAACGCGGGGGACGUGGCCUUUGUCAAGCACACGACUGUCUUCGACAACACAAAUGGCCACAAUUCUGAGCCCUGGGCUGCUGAGCUCAGGUCAGAGGACUAUGAACUGCUGUGCCCCAAUGGGGCACGGGCCGAGGUGUUCCAGUUCUCAGCCUGCAACCUGGCACAGAUACCAUCCCAUGCCGUCAUGGUCCGGCCGGACACCAACAUCUUCACCGUGUAUGGACUGCUGGACAAGGCGCAGGACCUGUUUGGAGACGACCACAAUACAAAUGGCUUCAAAAUGUUUGAUUCCUCCAAUUAUCAUGGCCAAGACCUGCUUUUCAAGGAUGCCACAAUCCAGGUGGUGCCUGUGGGGGAGAAAACCACGUACCGUGACUGGCUGGGACUGGACUACGUGGCAGCUCUGGAAGGGACGCUGUCCCAGCAGUGCUCGGGCACAGCCGCCGCCGCCGCCGCCGGCGUGCCCCUGCUCCUGGUGCUGCUCCCGCUGCCCCUGGCCGCCGGCCUCCCGCCGCGCUCCCUCUGA